UGCGCUCCCCGCGCCGCCGGAGCCUCCGUGGGCCUGGGAACGGGCUGAACGAGGGGGAACCCCCCCGUGCUGCCACCGGGGACCCCCCAAAACCGAGAGAGACCCGCCCCCGAGCCGAGCGAGCCGCCCCCAGCGCUGCGGGGCGAUGGGCUGAGCGCACCCCGCACCUCCGCGGAGCGGCCGCACAGGCCGGUGCGGGGGCUGCGGGAGACAAAGACCCCUCCCAGAGACCCCCCGGGCCGUGCCGGGGGGGUGACCGGACCCCCCGGCCCUGUGAGGACCCCCCGGUUCGCCCCGAGGAGCUGCAGAGCCGCGACCCCGCUUUGAGGAGCGACCGCGCCGGGAGCAGCAGGUGCCAUGGCGUCGUUCCGGAUCCGGCCGUUCCGGGAGCAGGACUCGGACGCGGUGCGGGCGCUGUUUGCCCGGGGGAUCCUGGAGCACGCCCCGGCGGGGUUCCGGCAGGUGCUGCGCUCGGCGCGGGUGCGGCUGGCGCUGCUCGUGCUGUUCGUGGGCGCGCGGGCGGGCGGCGGGUCCUGGCUGCUGGGCCUGGGCGCCGUGGGGCUGGCGCUGGUGCUGCUCUGGCUGCUCGUGCGCUCCCUCAGCGCCGACUACGUGCGCGACGCGCUGGGCACCGACCUGUGCGACAUCCCCGGCGCGUACCUGCGGGCGCCCGACUGCGGCUUCUGGGUGGCCGAGGUGGGGGGCUCCGUGGUGGGCAUGGUGGGCGCGGUGCCCUCGCGGGACGCGCCCGGGGCGCUGGAGCUGCGGCGGAUGUCGGUGAGCCGGGAGCAGCGCGGGCGCGGGCUGGCGCGGGCGCUGUGCCGGGAGGUGCUGGCCUUCGCCCGCGCCCGCGGCUUCGGCGCCGUGGUGCUCAGCACCUCCAUGGUGCAGGUGGCGGCCCAGCGGCUCUACGAGGGGCAGGGAUUCCGCAAGGUGGGCGCCUCCAGCCCCUCCCUGCUGGGCACCAUCCUGAACUUCCAGAUCUUCCACUACCGCUGCGACCUGGGCGCCCGCGACGGUGCCAAGGCCGAGUAGCGCCGGUGGGACGCCGCAGGCACGGGGGGCACCGCCGUGGCACAGGGGUCCUGGGACAUGUGGCACUGCCAUGGCACCCCAAACCUGGCACACGAGGCACUCCCUGGGACACGAGGCACUGCCCUGGCACGGCAGCACCGACAUGGCACCACGACCCCGGCACGUGUGGCGCUGCCAUGGCACCCAAACUCCAGCCCCAGCACAUGAGGCACAGCUGUGGCACCCGAGCCCAGGACAUGGGGCUCCACCACAGCACCCCAAAUUUGGCACACGAGGCACUUCCAUGGCACCCCAACUCUGGGACAUGAAGCUCCACCAUGGCACCACCACGGCACCCUAAACUCAGGACAGAAGGCACUGCCGUGGCACCCCAACUCCAGCCCCAGCACAGCAACACCAACACGUGCCCCCAGGACGUGAGGCACUGUCAUGGCACCCCGACCCUGGCCCCUGUGGCACUGCCAGGGCACCCAAACCCAGCCCCAGCAUGUGAAGUGCUGCCACGGCACCCCAGCUCCAGGACGUGAGGCACCACCACGGCACUCCAGGCUUGGCACACAGAGCACUGCCAUAGCACCCCAACCCUGGCACACGUGGCACUGCUGUGGCACCCGAACUGCAGCCCCAGCACGGCAGCACUGACUGUGCCGUCACUGUGACCCCGGGACAUGAGGCACUGCCACGGCACCCCAGCCUGGGGCACACGGCACUGCCGUGGCACCUGACCCCGGCACAGAGGCACCACCAGGCCCCAAACCCCAGCCCUGGCACAGGAGACACUGCCACAGCACCCCAGCCCUGGCACCCUUGGCAUGGCUCUGGCACCCCGGACCCCAACCUUGGCACUCCAGCCCCCGGCCCUGGCACACAGGGCACUGCCCUGGCACCCUGCCCUGGCCCUGGCACACGUGUGGGGCGGCUGCGGGGCGGUGGCGGUGCCCAGACGCGCUGCCAGGGCCUUUCCCGGAUUUCCAGCAGCAGGAAAUAAAGAGAGACCUGUGGGAACA